GCAUAGUUGCAUUUAUCUCUUUCCCGUUGCAAGUGCAUAAACCUACGAGUCAAAACGUCAAAAAUGUGUAAUGAAGUAGUUUUAUUAUUUCCAACAUAAACUUUACAAAACCAUAACCAAAAAAAAACACUCAUACGCCCAGGUGACCGAACAAUAAAAAAGUGGAUUUGUAUCAGUUCAGAAAUGCAAUUCUAGGCUUAAAGGACAUCAGUGAUUAUUGUGAUUGUGAUUAUUGCACAUUAAGUGCAUCUUUCGGUUUCUGUGGUUUGGUUUAUGUUUUUGGACAGUCGCCAAUAUUUCUUCGAAUGUGUAUAUGAUAUAAUUGCAACAAAUUUUCUUCAAGCUAAGAUAAAAAUCUCUGUUCAUCCUGUGGGUUGAUGCUACUUUUAUUUUUGUUUGUGUUUGUGAAAAUAAAUAAAUCAGUUCAGUUGAAUAAUUUUGAGGCAAGCAACUUUCUAAAUGGAAUCACGAUCUGGUCGGAUAAGCUGCCACAAAAUAAAUAACAGCACACAGUAAUUGGAAAAAACUUCCAUAGUAUAAUCAAAUGUUGCUACAAUUUACAUUAAAGUUACAACUCUUCAUCUAUUUAAGCUGGAUGCAAGAAAGAUCCACACAAAUUGCGAACUUCCCUUAGCUGUAGAUUGAAAAUCUAUAGAAACUAUAAGAACUUUACACAAACUAAAAAAAAGACAAACAGAUCCAUUAUGGAUUGGACAUGGGCUGUUCGUGGAGUGACCCAGGAGAUACCACGAAAUGCCGGUCUAGAAUGCCUUAAUUACAUGACAAAUCGUCGUCGUACCAUUGAGUCGAUAUUCGUUACGAUAUUAUGCCUAAUUGUUAUGCGAUGGGCCUACAGACGUAUGGAUUGCAUCGAAUUACCCUCGAAACCACAUCAACCACAUUCAAUCAUGAGACUCUUCCUGUUAAUCCUUAUGAGUUUUAUAUUUGGAGUCGAAUUUGGAUUUAAAUUGGCCCGAGAAUCUGUGAUAUUCGUUUUGAAUCCUUGCCAUGUGCAAACGAUAGUCCAAGUAUACCUUUUGGCAGCGAAGCCGAGUAAACUAACAAUAACCUUGUUUAGGAUUCAAAUGAAUUUCUUAAAUGGGCCAUUUCUGGCUUCUUUGUUUCCUGAAAUCGAGAAUAGAACUUAUGCGUUUCAGAAGUGUACUUUCUGGAUACAGCAUGCAUUGUUGUACUUUAUACCGGUUUAUAUUUUAAGAAGUGGUGCUUACAAGUCGGAGAAAUUGCUGGAUUUCAAUUGGGCAGCAAUAAGUAUGGCGAUAAAUUUAUUAUAUCAUUUCAAUUUUUUGGCUCCAAUGUCAGUGCUAACUGGAGUCAAUUUGAAUCAUAUGCUGUGUGCAGCAAUUGCUGAUCCCUUCCAAGGUGAAAACUAUCGAGUAUUUGCUGUGAUACAUCAGUCAAUUCUAUGUCCUCUCUUAAAUAAACUCACCUUCCUAAUGUUUGCAAAAUCAGACGAAAAACUUGCAUAUCUCAAAAAAUAACACACAAGAAGUGGAAGCUCUCGAGCUAACUAUAAUACCGUCUACCAAAACCGAUUAGUAUUAUUAAAUAACUCAAUUCGUAAUUUAUAGUAUAGGUUUAGUUUAGUAAACAUUAACAAAACAAAACAAAAAAUAAAAUAAAACACCAAUAAUUAAAUAAUUAAUAAAAAUAACUUAAACCUGCGGUAUGGACAAAAUAAAAAAACAAUGUUAAGGCCAAUAUACGUAAUGUGCAUCGUUAAAGAGAAGAAAUUAUGGAAAUUUAAAAAGCUUGUAUAAAUAAUAAUUAUAUGCAUAAAACCACUGUUAAUACACAAAUAUUUGCAUAGCUUAUGCCAAAAAUUAAAAAAAAAUAAACGUUUCCGCGAUAAUUUUUCGAAAAACAAAAGAACAAAUAAAAAGUAAAUCAAGCCUUUUAUAUAACUCUGCCAAGAUUCCAACCAAGCAAAGCUAAAACCAUAGUCUGCACCAAAGCACUACAACAACUAGCCUACUUUUGCGGAUGCUUAAGGUUCUUAAGGUGUACGGAAGACAACAAUGGUUAUACCAUCAAUAUCAAGCUGAUAAGCUGAUAUCUCAGCUUCUUAUGGAUUUUGAUAAAAUCAAAGGCUUUGAUUUGAGCAAACAUAAACAAUUAAUAAAAAUGAAUUUUGUAAGCGAAAGUUGUUUUAAAAAUUGGGGCUCAAUUAUUGAAUUAGCCCUCGUGUAUAACAUGUUCAAUUAAAAACUAAAAUAUAACUUGUAUAGCAGCCAGAAAAUAAAAACAAAUUCCAACAUUGUGAUUGUUAUGAACUUAAAAAUGUAAAACUUAAAAGUAAAUGAAUUAAAAUGUAAGUAGGUAAAUAUAAAACAAUUAAAAUUAAAUAGAUCAAAAAAUGUUGCAUAUAAAAUCAAAAAAUGUAUUUGAUUACGCAAUUUGGAUCAUGUUGGUUAUAUAACAGAAAGAUAAAUGUAUGUAUAUAAAAACAAAAAAGUAAAUUUUGAAAAAAAAUAAAAGAAACGCCUUAAAAACCUUUCUUGAUCCUGCUUGUUUUCAAUGCAAUAUGUGAUAUACAAAUAAUUAUGAAAAAUAAAAUUAAACAAAACAAAAAAAAAAACAUUUUAACAAAACUUACCUGCAAAUUUAACUGGACUUGAUAAAAAAAAUACCUUUUGGUUUCCAUUUUUUUAUUAUUAAUUUUUAAAAAAAUCUUUAAGCUGAAAAAUCUUCAAAAACUGUCAAAAUAUAUGAAUAUCAUUUUCAAGACAAAACAACAACAACCAAAACAAAAUAAAAAAAAACACGCUUGAGCUAAUUUUUUUUCUCAAUUUAUUUAUUAUGAAACCUUUGACGAAAUAUUUAAUAAAGUGCUAGUUAAAUUAUACAACACAAUUAAA